AAAUAUGAAUAUUAUUAAACGAUUGUUGUCGUUAUUUAUUAUAUCUUAAAAUAAUAUAAUAAUCAAGAAUUAAAUUGUUUCUAAAUAUUACUUUCCGUGUUUUCGGUUAAUUAAGGUUUUAUAUUUGUUUCAAAUUUUUUUUAAAUAUGACUACUUUUGUACUGUUAAAAUUUAUAAAAAUAAUCUUUGAAACAAACUUGGACUAAUUUAGAUUUUUGCAGGUAGAUUUCGAAUGGGCUGUGAAAUUAAAUCGUUUUAUUUUAAAUAUAAUUGGUCUUUGGCCCAAGUUUGCACAAAAUUUUCGACAAAAGUUAAUGUGCAAUUUUCGAGUGCUUGUUGCUCUUUUGGCAAUAACGUGUGGCGUUCUGAUUCCAUCCAUACAUUCAUUAAUAAGAAUUUAUGGAGAUAUAGUGCUAAUGAUGGAAAAUUUGCAAUUUACCUUACCGGCUAUAAGUUGUUCGAUAAAAAUCGUAAUUUUUUGGUGGAAGAAAGAAGCUAUUGUACCAAUUAUAAAUAUGAUCGUGGAGGAUUGGUUAAAGUUAAAAAAUGUACAAGAAAGAAGUUUAAUGAUCAGAAGGGCACAUAGUGCACGCAUAAUUAUUAUAUUUGGAUAUUGCAUAAUGGGAGCAGCAGUGUUUUUUGUUAUCAUUCUGCCUUGCUUUGGAAUAUCGAUGAGAACUACGACUAACAUUACCGAUCCAGGCAAACCAAUGCCUCUACAAACUCAUUAUAUUUACGAUGUAACAAAAAGUCCACAGUAUGAACUAACAUUUAUUAGUCAAUCUAUUUAUAUUGUUAUUGCUAUGAUGGCUUAUACCGGAAUUGAUAAUUUUCUUGGACUACUGAUUUUCCAUAUAUGUGGUCAGUUAGACAUUUUGAAAAAUCGUAUAACAAGAUUUGAUAAAUAUAUAAAUUCUCAUAAAAUACUAAAAGGUUGUAUAAUAAGACACAUCCGCUUACUUAGAGCUAUUGAUAUCAUUGAAGAUACUUAUAAUAUAAUUCUUCUCUUUUUAUUUGUAUAUUUUGCAUUGCACUUCGCUUGUUAUGGUUUCCAAAUAAUUACUCUAUUUGAUGAAGGAAAUGAUAUAUCGUUCUCUCACUUAAUAUAUUUUGUUUCCAUCGUAAUUAAUAUAUUUGCACAUAUGUGCCUGUAUUGCGCUCUUGGAGAGAUCUUGGUUGCUCAGAAUAAUAAAAUAUAUUAUGCGGCAUACAGUAAUAAAUGGUAUACCAACUUGAAUCCAAAAGUAACACAAAACUUGUUGCUUUUAAUGAUAAGAGGCUCUAAACCGGUAUAUCUUACUGCUGGAAAAAUAUUCCCUUUAACAAUGACUACAUUUUGCAGUUUAUUAAAAACAUCAGUUGGCUAUGUAUCAGUUUUGCAUACAACAAGAAGUUAAUAAGGAAAUAAGAUUUGUUU